AUGGCCCUUCGUGCUCAUGGUUUUGCAUCAUCAACUGCUGACUCCUCACUAUUUCUUCUCCAGAGGCCUGAGGUUACUAUGUACUUGUUGGUCUAUGUGGAUGAUAUUAUUCUGGUCAGCUCCUCUCAGUCGGCUGCUACUGCUCUUGUUCGCUCGCUUGGUGCUGAUUCUGCGGUCAAGGACCUUGGGAAGCUUCACUACUUCCUUGGUGUGGAGGUUACUUCUCGGGCUGAUGGUCUUGUUAUGUCACAGAAGAAGUACUCCUUGGAUUUGUUGCAGCGGGCUGGGAUGCUUAAGUGCAAACCGACGACUACACCCAUGUCUACCACUGACAAGAUCACUGCCGUUGAUGGUGAGCUUCUGUCUUCUGCUGAUGCGACGGAGUACAGGAGUAUUGUUGGUGGUCUUCAGUACUUGACGAUCACACGACCGGACAUCUCCUUUGCUAUCAACCGAGUCUGCCAGUAUCUGCAGUCACCCCGUGACACUCAUUGGUCUGCUGUUAAGCGCAUCUUGCGCUACAUUCGAUUCACGGUGUCUCAUGGAUUGCAUAUUCGACCGACCUCCUCUGGAUGUCUCUCAGCAUAUUCUGAUGCGGAUUGGGCUGGCAAUCCGGAUGACAGGCGAUCUACGAGGGGUUAUGUUGUGUUCUUUGGCUCUAAUCUGAUCGCCUGGAGUGCUCGGAAACAGGCCACUGUCUCACGUAGCAGUACUGAAACUGAGUAUAAGGCUGUGGCCAAUGCCACUUCGGAGAUUAUGGGUGUGUUUGGUUGGCGUCCUCAUCCUUUUACGCCUGGCCUGGAGCAUGCCUGCAAAUUGCCUGGACUGUGUUUGGUUGGAGUCCAUAGGAGCAGCAGCUAG